CCCGCAAGUCCUAAAGCAUGAUGGGCCAGACCAUGAGCGUUGCACCACCAGCCAUGCACGAUGAAAAUGGGCUGCUUCCAGUGCUCGACUGGCACAGCCUCGACAGCCACAGCCCGCUCUACCCGUACUUUGCCCACGUCUACUUUGGCGGAGCCGACCUCUUUUUGAGCAAGGCCGAUGUCACGGCGUUUGUCGGCGCCUUCUCGGACCAAGUGGCCUACGAAGGCAACGAGAUGGAUGCGUUCGAUGUUGACGCAGGGUUCGAAGCGCUUGCGAGCGAGAGCGGCCGGCCAGGCUACGUGCGCCUUUUGACUCUCAUUGAAGAACUCGGCCUCCUCGUCAGCGACUGAGGUUCUUUAGCUUCUUUGUGUCCCAACUAUCUAUCCAAUAUUGUACACUAUUCGUUUGCUUGAGCUC